AUGGAGAAGAAAUUAAAACACAGAGACUCGAUAACUGAUUGCAUAGAAGAGGACGAAACGAACAAUAUAUCGGAGGAUAAGCAGAAAAUCGUUUCCCCUAAAUGCAAAAAGAAAAUUCGUAUUAGUAGAAAACCGAGGACAACGGCAUCGUACGUGCUUAAACGCGUUUCACUGACAGAGAUAGUGCUCAAAAAGAUUCAACCCUCGAUAGAAGUCAGAGAACAACUUAUUAAUCCACGUCACGUGAUUUGUCUGGAUGAUAGCGAGUUAGAAAUAGAUUUUCCACUGGAAAUUCCAGAAACCACAAUCUCUCUAUUGAAAUACCUGUUCCUGUUACGAACUUUUACAGGAACUCCGUACCAGACGUACAGACCAAGAUGGCGUCCGAAAGGACGGAAGAGAAGAAGACGAAUUGUGAAGAAAACGGUAAAGGGUGACAAAAAGGAGCAGCCAGGCGAAGAAAGGGAGGAAGGCGAGCCUGAGGAACAGUUAACAGACGAAAAAGCGACGACAGGCGAGGCAGAGGAAAAUGUUAAGGAUAAAGGAGCGAGGAAGAUAUUGAGACGUAAAACGAAGAAAAAGAAGAAAAAGAAGAGAAAGAAGAUAGUAGUGGAUACGGACUCUGAAGAAGACAGCGAGUGCGACAGUAUUUGCUCCUUCGACAGUCACGUGUGUCUUGCAGGCCUCAAGUUAACAGCCGAGGAUAAGAAUAAAAUAAAAGAGUACCAACGUCAAGUUGAAGAUGCAAAUACCGAGGGAAAUGUGGCUCCCACUGAUUAG